AGUGUUUUGAAAUAACUUCAAAAGUAAUUAAAAUUGAAGUUGAUAUUCUGUUUCUUGCCGGCAGCUUCACUACGAUCAAAGGAAAAUACACUUCAUGAAGCUUUAAAAAAAACACAAAGUGAAAAAAGCCACGGUAGCUUGUUCUGAUGGGAGCUAAACAAGUAGGCAAAUCAGAUUUCAAGUACCAAUACCAGUCAGAGAUUUACCAGAAUACCGUGAAUAGCGAGAUUUUGGACCCGGGACCAUUGCCCAGCGGUGCCGGUGGUGAGCGCAUGCUCGAGGACCGCGUGACAUGGGGAGAUGCCUUCGUGCUAAUCUAUUCUAUCACAAGCCGCGAAAAUUUCCACGCGGCCUGGAACUACUACCAUGUGGUGACGUCCAUCGAAGCCAAACCUGUGAUAGUGUUACUCGCGAAUAAACACGACCUGGGACACAAGAGAAAGGUGCUAACUACUGAAGGCCGUCAAAUGGCGCAAGCGAUCAAAUGUCCAUUCUAUGAAGUUUCCGCCUCUGAAGGCUUCGAACAAAUUAGAAAAGUUAUACCGGGAGGGACUGCGGAAAAAGAAAGAGCGCAAGUACUCGCUUUCACCCAGACCCCUGAGGAGUGCUGUCGAGAAACUAUUUAGAAGAAAUAGCAAGAGCCUUUUGUUAUCGCCAUAUUGAUGGGUAAAAAUGCGAGUCCCGAAACUAUUGAAAAGAAUCAGCAAAAGCCUUCUGUUAUCGCCAUAUUGAUGCCUCGAUAGCCAAAAACUACUUUGUUAGGCUCCGGGAUAUUCCGGGGUCUUACACCAAAAAUAAAACAAGGCUGUCACUUCUUUCACUGUGAGUAGCUAACAGACUUUAAAUCCUAAUUGUGCAAGAAGUUAUUACUGACAUGAAAUAACCUAUGGAUACUGAUAUCUUCCAAAAUGAUAGAUUAUUUCAUAGAAAAAAAAACAAGAGGCAACGCUUGUCCAGAUUUUUAAGGUCCUCAUAGAGUGGUUCUCCUUAAUCAGUGCAAUAAACUUAGGCCAACACUUGUAAUUUCCUUGCUCUAUUUUGCACUUUUGGUUCAAAUGUAAA